GAUUGUCAGUCUCUGAUUUGUGUAGCCUCAUAACUAUGGUAUGUACAUGCAUCUUGACAACUCCAGCUGUUAUGAAUUCAGAUUUGCCUUUUAAGAGUAUUGAAGUUACGUAUCUCAUAUCAGGAAUGCCCCAUUUCGCAUUUACCCGAGUGAGCAGUUGUAUCACGGCAUUUAUUACGCUGGAGAAAUGCAUCAGUGUAGUUGCCCCCUUGAAA